AUGCCCGGAAUCCCAAACAUCCUUCUCAAGCUUAAGAGAUGUGCCGAGCUUUCAAAAGAGAUAGAAACACAAGCAAAUGCAUUGGGAUCGUUGUUGGAAAGGCUCCAACUGAGCGCCGUCGAUGGAUUUAAGCCCUAUAUCAAUCCAAAGAGGAACAUCACCAAGCUUCUGGAAUUCUACAAUUCCUUUAUAUCGACAAAGGAGACGGUGGAGGACGAGAAGUCCAAGCUGAGUGAAGUGUUUGGAGAGUCCGAAAAGAGAUUUCUUCCCCGGGACCUGAAGAUGCUCAAGGAGAAGAGGGCGAUGGAGUCUACCCAAACACUCAUUGAAAUGGGGAAUGUUCUUAAGGAGUACAAGGGCAUCAGGAUGGUGAUCACGGAGAUCAACAGCCUAAACGAGUUUGUUGGAAAGGCUGUGGACGGAAUCGAGGAGUCCUUCUUCGUCUCUCUGAGAAGAGUCCCCGAGCACAGUCCUGAGGUUCGGGAGUUUGCAUCCUUCCUCCUUUCAAACACCAACAAGAGGAAGUUUAUUGGCAGGUAUACAGAUGUAGUCUACUCUACCCUGGGAUUUGACGACAUAGGCAUGAAUACCAAGCGGUUGUUGGAAAGAACCACCAAUCUGGACACAUUUCUCCUGGACGUGAUUGAAAUGAACAACACCGUGCUUGGAGAGGAGAAUGCUGAGGUCACAAACAUUGGGCUGCUAAAGAUGUUUGUGAUUGGACUUAAAAGGGCAAUAGCAGACAAUCUUAUGAAGAUGGAGAAGGAGGAGGACAUCGAUAAUGUUCAGCCUUUAGUUAUGUUGAGCGAUCAGCUUAACUAUUCCGGCGACAGAAGGAUUAGAGUGAUAGAAGAGCUUUUCGUGUUCAAGGACAGCAUACACAAGAUUAUAUGCAACAGCAUCUUCAGGUACUUCGAAGAGCUCGAUAUGAUAAUGGAACCAGACAGGCACCGCAAUGCUGAGGCCUUAUGCCUGAAGAUGGUGGGCGCAUUGAAUGCCUUCUACGAUCACAGAGGCGUUUCCGAGGCGUUUGUAUCGGAAUACGGAAAGGACUUCUCACUAGAGACGCCUCAGGACAUUUUCGAGAAGUUCAGCUUGAAGACCAUUGAGAAGAUAUUGUUUCUGGCAGAGACUCUGAAGGGGAUUUCGAAAUCUGUGUACAUCAUAAACAACGUUAGCAUAUUCCAGAACUACCUGAAGAGCAUCGAGGGGAUCCCCAUUGAGAAAAUGAUCGAGAUAAACCUCGAGGACAUCCUGGGCGUGUGGAGGAAGGAGAUAUCGAGGAGAAAGGAGGAGGACAUUACCCUCUUUCUUGACAAGAACAUUGAAAGUCAAAGCAGAUACCACCUUCCCAAGGAACUUGGAGAAAGGCUGGCUGUUUCUAUUAGGAAGCUUGCUGAAGAUGCGCUAAGAGAAAGAAGAUAUGUUGGAAACAUCGAAAGCUUGAAGAGCAGCAUUUCAAAGCUGUACCAAAGUCCCAAAUAA